AUGUCACCACCCGCCAAAAUGAAAUCGGGUCGACCUCUUGAAACGUUUUGGCUGGGAUCGCCAAAUGCGAAAAUUGCUAUUGACGAGUUCGAUCCUGAAACUUUCUCACAAGGAUCGAACUCGUCAAUCUCAAAUUUGGCCAUGUCACCACCCGCCAAAAUGAAAUCAGGUCGACCUCCAGAAACGUUUUGGCUGACAACAACAAAUGCGGAAAUUGCUAUUGACGAGUUCGAGCUUAAUACUUUCAUACAAGAUACUUUUGUCCAUGCUCAGCAUGCAGGUUCUAUGAAAGACCUCAUGUAG